UUCCAGCUUAUCUCCAAAGUCCAAUCUGAUCUCACCCAAAGGUUUUGAAAAUGGUAAAGCCAAACCCAAAAGUUUUCUUUGACAUUCUGAUUGGCAAUGCAAAAGCUGGUCGAGUUGUCAUGGAGUUGUUUGCUGACACUGUUCCAAAAACAGCUGAGAAUUUCCGUGCCCUCUGCACUGGGGAGAAGGGGAUUGGAUUAUCUGGGAAGCCAUUGCACUAUAAAGGCUCUACAUUUCACCGUAUCAUCCCAAACUUCAUGUGUCAGGGUGGAGAUUUCACAAGAGGUAAUGGUACUGGAGGAGAAUCAAUCUAUGGUUUGAAAUUUGCAGAUGAGAACUUCCAUUUAAAGCACAACGGUCCUGGUUGCCUUUCAAUGGCAAAUGCUGGUGCAAACACUAAUGGGUCUCAGUUUUUUAUAUGUACUGAGAAAACACCAUGGCUUGACGGAAAGCAUGUCGUGUUUGGUAAAGUAAUGCAUGGUUAUGCUGUUGUUAAGCAUAUGGAAAGCGUGGGUUCAGAUAGCGGUAAGACUUCUCAACCAGUUGUAAUCGAAGAAUGUGGUCAGUUGGGUGAUGACGAAUCCGUGUAUACAUAAAUAAAGAAUUGUAAGUCUACUUAUUGUGAGGUGGAAAUAUGAACUGCUUCUCAAAUAUGCGUGGGUUAGAGAGUUAAUGAAUGCUUGGCAUCUUUCUGGAUGAUUGUUAUCGUAUUCCUUCGAGCAAGUACUUGGAAUAAUUUGAUUAUUGAGCAAUGUCAAUAUAAUGUUCAAAUUGUUCAUGGAGAGUGUAACUGAAGUAGAAGAUAAGUAAUGAUUUCUCUUGAAGUUUUAGCAUUUUUGGCACUUUGAAAACAAUGUUUAUUCGCACUCUAAUAGCUUUUCUGCAUUGUAGAGGAUCAAGACGCUGCCUUUUGUGUCUACAA